UAAAGCCAAACAAUAUUUUUUAGAAGAGUGAAGGCGUAAUAAGCAACCAGUUUUUAGGAGCUGGACCAAAUACACAGAAUCUGCAAGUUACAUUCUUAUAAUGGGAGAUCUUCAAAAAGUUCUUGACAGAGGAGAAUAUAUUCCAUUGAGAUCUGCUCCUGUGUUUGAGAGCAACUUUAUUCAGGUCAAUAGAAGAGGUGAAUCAAUUUACGUUCAUAAUCGUCCCAACUAUGUGACCAUGGGGAUUUUUGCCUCCAGUCCAAACUUGUCAUUGCCAAAUGUGAUGCUGCUUGCACAUUCAACCCCUUCAUCCUCCCAAGUAGACAUUUCAACACGCCCAGCAUGUACACAGCGUUCAUGCUCUGAAGAUGAACUAGUACUCACCAGGUUCUUACCCUUGAAAUUUGUAGAUCUUUCUAUUCACUCUGCUAAGAAGAGACGCAUCAAGCUAAAGCUGGUGAGCGGCCGUGCCUACUACCUAGAACUCUGUGCUCCACCACAGAAACAGGCCCGUCUCUUCUGUCAGUGGACACGGCUCAUCAAUCAACUGAAAUCUAAAUCUAGAGGUUCUUCAGCUAAUGCUCUAUAUAAGGAUUUUGAAACCCAGGAGGAAAAUAUAGCCAUCAGGAACAAAACACUGAAUGAAAACAACAAAGUAGAGCCUCCCAUAAAUCAACAAACCAGCCAAGAGCCAAUAAAAACACAAGUCCUUAAGAAAUCCUCUUCCAAGCGGGUCACCAUUUCUGAUAUAGUGGGUCCUAUUGAAGAAUUUCGAAAGAACCAGAGCCAAGCCACAGUUUCUUCCUACAGCUGCAUGAAAAAGCCCAGUGUAGACUCAGAGAAACAAACGACAAAUAGACAAGAAUUAAAGGACAGGACUAUCAGAAAGAAUAAAUCUAGGGAACAAGAAUCUUUUUCUCAUACAAAAAAAAGACUGCAGACUUCAGGGAUCCUGAAGAAUGUCAGUAAGCCUGAGGUACUUUAUUACAAGUAACAGUGAAAAAUGGAUUCUCAUACAAACAGUGUGAAAAGAAACUAAAACUGAAGAUACCAAUCAAAAACCAAGAAAACAAGAUGCUCAAAUGGGAGACAGAGAUCUAGAAACUACUGUAUUCGUCUCUUCCGAUAUAAAAUUAAA